GCUUCUCAGGUGGAGCACCGGAAGCAGAGAAACUAAACCUUUGAUCUCCAAUGAAUCUCACAAAUUCUUCCAACAAAGGGUUAGAAUGUUAUCAUAUCAAUAGAAACCUGCAAGUUGAAUUUAUGCGUGACCGUGAGUGUGUUCCAGGCUUUUCAACACCGAAGUCGCAGGGAGUAAUUUCGAUGAAAGCUUUAUCAGUGUGAAGCAGGUUUAAUCAGCGGUACGGAGAGGGGCUUACGCCAGAAGUCUCGUCCGUGCACUGUCCGUCGACGACGACGGCUUUAAACAUGGCCAUCAUAGAUCUCUCUGCACCACACUCUGGUCUCCUACAUAGCAGCCGCCCCCGCCAUCUCCACAGAAAUUCACUCUCCCCUUCAGCCGCCUUCAUGAUCAUGCACUAGCUUUGCGCUUCGACCACUACCGUCUUUUUUCUUUUUUCUUUUUCUUUUCCAAUUUCACACCCCUAUGAUUUUAAUUUCGGAACAUUUUUCUCCUUCGUCUGAGUUGUCUCAAGCCUGAAAGUUUAUCUAGCCUCCAUUUAGUUUGUGAGUGAUCAUCGCGGUCAUACUUUCAGAUGUGCCGAACGUCUCCCCGUGUACUUCUGGAGGUUUUCAAGGCUGCGUGUGAUUGCAUUAGCAACUCGUACUGCCCAGCUGAGGUUGAUAGAUUCAUCUUCACUUUGUAUCACUCGUUUCUUGAAUCAAGAGCAUGUUUCCUCGGGACUGCUGAACCUGGCUCCCGCAGUUAGCAAUGUUGCGUGAUUCCCAUGUAUGAUUUUACGUUAGAUGAUUGAUUCUUCUCGCAUGUGUUUUAACGCUUUACACUUGGAAGUUUCAGUAGAGCUGCCGACUUACAAUCCAGUUUGAGAGGUUAGACCACCUAACAUCUCAUAGAAGUGUCUGGUCUUCGAGUCUUCCUACCUCGCUGUGUAUCUUUGUAGUUCUUUUCAUGAUAUGUUUCCCUUAACGACAUUGUCUUGACACCCCAACUUUGCCCCCCCAUUCGAACAUCAGCACUGUCGUUUCCGCAACAGAUAUUGAACACCAUAGUGUAUCGAUGGCGAAGAUCAACCUCCUGUUCCUACCCGCGCAAUUCGUGUUUUCGAUGGCCUUUCUCGUGCAAGAUAUAGCUGGUUCGGACAGCCACUGCGGGUGGAGUAAUGCUCAUGCAACCUUCUAUGGCGGCCAUGACGCCCAUGGAACCUUGGGUGGUUCUUGCGGCUAUGGAAACGUCAUCGCUCGCGGUUAUGGAACCAACACCGUAGCGCUGAGCUCUGCACUUUACGGCAGCGGACUCUCAUGCGGGUCGUGCUUCGAAAUCAAGUGCGCAGGGGGAGAAGGUUGCAUUCCAGGCAGUGGUGCUGUAACUGUCACUGCUACCAAUUUUUGCCCACCAAACCCGCACAGACUUCCCAACAAUGGAGGCUGGUGCAACAUGCCCAGACAACACUUCGAUAUGGCUCAGCCUGCAUUUCUGCGCAUUGCCCAGUACCGCGUGGGUAUUGUGCCUGUACUGUACAGAAGAGCUGCGUGCAGGAGGAGUGGGGGAAUGCACUUCACCAUGAAUGGGCACAAGUUCCACAACCUUGUCCUCAUUUCAAACGUAGGUGGCGAUGGAAAUAUCCGAGCAGUGAAAAUCAGAGGAUCAAAGACUGGGUGGCAGCCGAUGUGGCGCAACUGGGGUCAGAACUGGCAAUUCAGCAGUAACUUGUUCGGGCAGAGUCUCUCAUUUAUGGUCACUACAGGAGAUGGCCGCACGGUGACUAGCAUGAAUGUUGUCCCACCGUUUUGGAAGUAUGGGCAGACUUUUCAAGGGUUGCAGUUCUGAUCGAAAUUCGUGAUAUCUGUGAAUUAUGAGCUUGAGUGUGUAACUUGAAGCACUUUGUUUAACAUUGGAUACAUCCAUAGGCGGACACCGAAGAUAUGCAUUUCCCAUCAGCUCGGUUCUUUGCAUAUCAGUUGACUUGGCUGCUUUCUAAUUGGUGUUCAUAGACACGAAAGGUAAAUUCGAUUAGUGGCUUCAUACAUUAAAUUUAAGUGUUCACAUUGUUUUGAUAGUAUUGUAUUUCAGAAGUUUACGUUGGUUCGAGCAUUGAUAUUAAACAGGACCGAAAGAUUAGAGAUGUAAUGAUACACUAUGAAUACCCCGACUCAGGAUUUGACUACAACUUAGUAUAUUUCAUUGCACGGAUGCAAGUCAUACUGUUUGCAAAGUUAUCAUCAUAGUCGGAAUUGGCCAAGGUCUCCUCGGUUGCACCAGUAAUUGAAUCCAAUUACUGGUUUAGAGCUUGUAAGUUACGACGUUAAAUUCAUAAAUGGCAAUGAAGCAUCAUAGAGAUUCCCAUCGAA